AUGUCUGCCCAGUCAGUGGAAGAAGAUUCAAUACUUAUCAUCCCAACUCCAGAUGAAGAAGAAAAGAUUCUGAGAGUGAAGUUGGAGGAGGACCCUGAUGGUGAAGAGGGUUCCAGUAUCCCCUGGAGUCAUCUCCCGGACCCAGAGAUCUUCCGACAACGAUUCAGGCAGUUUGGAUACCAGGAUUCGCCUGGGCCCCGAGAAGCUGUGAGCCAGCUUCGAGAACUGUGCCGCCUGUGGCUCAGGCCGGAGACACAUACAAAAGAACAGAUCUUGGAGCUGGUUGUGCUGGAGCAGUUUGUAGCUAUCCUCCCAAAAGAACUUCAGACUUGGGUUCGGGAGCACCAUCCAGAGAACGGUGAAGAGGCAGUGACGGUGCUUGAAGAUUUGGAGAGUGAGCUUGAUGACCCUGGACAGCCAGUUUCUCUUCGACGGCGAAAGCGUGAAGUGUUAGUAGAGGAGGUUGUGUCUCAAGACGAAGCUCAGGGAUUACCGAAUUCUGAGCUUGAUGCUGUGGAGAACCAGCUCAAGUGGGCAUCGUGGGAACUGCAUUCCCUCCGGCACUGUGAUGAUGAUGCUAGGACUGAAAAUGGAACAGUAGCUCCAAAGCAGGAGAUUCCAUCAACAGUACAAUCUCAUGAAGUUGCUCCUGGCACUUUGAAUAUAGGUGUUCCUCAGAUUUUUAAAUAUGGAGAAGCCUGUUUCCCCAAGGGCAGGUUUGAAAGAAAGCGAAAUCCAUCUCGAAAGAAACAGCAUAUUUGUGACGAAUGCGGAAAACACUUCAGUCAGGGCUCAGCCCUUAUUCUUCAUCAGCGAAUUCACAGCGGGGAGAAGCCGUAUGGAUGCGUUGAGUGUGGGAAAGCAUUCAGCAGAAGCUCCAUUCUCGUGCAGCACCAGAGAGUCCAUACUGGAGAAAAACCUUACAAGUGUCUUGAAUGUGGGAAAGCGUUUAGCCAGAAUUCUGGGCUUAUCAAUCACCAGAGAAUCCAUACUGGGGAGAAACCUUACGAGUGUGUUCAGUGUGGGAAGUCCUAUAGUCAAAGCUCCAAUCUGUUUAGACAUCAGAGGAGACACAAUGCAGAAAAACUUCUGAACGUUGUGAAAGUUUAA